AUGGCGUUCCCGAGCUCUAAUAACCACCUCAGCUACAGCGAUCGCGAGUUAGCUUGUUGGCUUGUGAUCGAGGAGCUAGAUAUACUGUUCCUAGCCGUUAACCUGGUGGUGCUGGGCGUGGCCACGCCGGAGGCGUUCGGCCACGAGUGCCCCCGCGACGCGCUCAAGCUGGGCGUGUGCGCCGACGUGCUGGGCCUGAUCAAGGCCAAUGUGGGCAGGCCGCCCGCGCUGCCAUGCUGCUCCCUCCUCGAGGGGCUCGUCGACCUCGAGGCCGCCGCCUGCCUUUGCGCUGCCGUCAAGGCCAACGUCCUCAACAUCCUUCCGCUCAACCUCCCCAUCGAACUCAGCCUCAUCCUCAACUACUGCGGCAAGAGCCUGCCCGCCGGCUUCCUGUGCUGAUCGAUCAUCGCCUCUAGACGUGUAUGAUAUACACAAGCGAGAGGCCUUGCUUCCCGUUUACGAGCGAGAGACCUUGCUUCCCGUUUGUUGCAUGGUUUGCUUGCUCUUGUUUAUUCCACGUGCUGGUGGAUCGGUUUGCAUGCAGUGCGUUAUGAUCUGAUUUGGAUUUUCUCUACAUGAUCUCUGUGCAUUUGUUGUAAUAACGUUCCGGUACUCACUUAUGUGCCGAUGUUUCAAUAAAGUUUCGUUUGCAGCUAAUAAAAUUCAGUGUUUUUG